GAAGGGGCCGAGCAGAAUGAGUCGUUGUGUGCAGCUUCACAGCAGGUUGAACAGCCUCGGUCCGCUCAGAGGCUCGGCAGAGGCAGCAGGAACGUUUGAGGAAACUGACAGCUCUCAGAGACUGCUAUGACAUCUCGCAGGUGGUUCCACCCCAACAUAACCGGAAUCGAGGCAGAGCAGCUUCUGUUGACCCGGGGCGUCCACGGCAGUUUUCUGGCCCGACCGAGCAAGAGUAAUCCAGGGGAUUUCACCCUCUCUGUCAGGCGUAACGAUGAGGUGACCCACAUUAAGAUUCAGAACUCAGGCGACUACUAUGACCUGUACGGAGGCGAGAAGUUCGCCACGCUGGCCGAGCUGGUGCAGUAUUACACCGAACAACAGGAUCUCCUGCGAGAGAGGAAUGGCCAUGUCAUCGAGCUCAAGUAUCCACUCAACUGCAAGGACCCCACCUCUGAGAGGUGGUACCAUGGACACCUAUCUGGACGAGAUGCAGAGAAACUGCUCACAGACAAAGGCAAAGCUGGCAGCUUCCUGGUACGGGAGAGCCAGAGCAAACCAGGAGACUUUGUCCUCUCUGUUCUCACCAAUGAGGAGAAACACGAGAAUGUGGACCGCAAGACCAAGGUUACCCAUGUUAUGAUACGCUAUCAGCAGGACGGCAAGUACGACGUUGGCGGUGGGGAGAGAUUCGACACCCUGGCUGACCUGGUGGAUCACUACAAGAAGAACCCCAUGGUGGAGAAAAGUGGCAUCGUAGUGCACCUCAAACAGCCCUUUAAUGCCACAAGGAUAAACGCUGCCAACAUUGAGAACCGGGUACGAGAGCUCAACAAAGUAGCAGACAACUCUGAGAAACCCAAACAAGGAUUCUGGGAAGAAUUUGAGGUACUUCAGCAGCAGGAGUGCAAACUUCUGUAUCCCCGGAAAGAAGGCCAAAAGCCAGAAAACAAGAGUAAAAACAGAUACAAGAAUAUCCUCCCCUUUGACACAACACGUGUUGAAAUCAGGGAAAUGGAUCCAGAUGUUCCUGGUUCAGACUACAUCAAUGCCAACUAUAUCAGAAGUAUGCAUGAAGAGGGGCGCCAUGUGGAGGAGGGCAAAGUCUUCAUUGCCACACAAGGGUGCCUACAGAAUACAGUCACUGACUUCUGGAAGAUGGUGUAUCAGGAGAAUACGCACGUCAUUGUCAUGACCACAAAGGAGAUGGAGCGAGGAAGGAAUAAAUGUGUACGUUACUGGCCGGACCUCCACGGCAUGAAGGAGUUUGGAAAGGUGCUGGUGAGGAACGUGGACGAGCGGCCAGCUCAAGACUACAUCCUGAGGAAGCUGGAGGUGACACGUCUGGACCGGAAGGAGCCUUUGAGGUACAUCUGGCACUAUCAGUACCUGAGCUGGCCGGACCACGGAGUGCCCAAUGAACCCGGCGGUGUCCUUUGGUUCCUGGAAGAAGUCAACCGCACCCAGAGCACCAUUCCAGACACUGGACCCAUUGUUGUCCACUGCAGUGCAGGCAUUGGCAGAACUGGCACUAUUAUCGUCAUUGACAUCCUUAUUGACAUUAUUAACCGCCAAGGUCUUGACUGUGACAUUGACAUCCCUAAGACCAUCCAGAGGGUACGGCAGCAGAGGUCCGGCAUGGUGCAGACAGAAGCCCAGUAUAAGUUCAUUUACAUGGCUGUGCAGCAGUACAUUGACACAGCUCAGAAGAGACUGGAAGAGGAGCAGAGGAAUAAGAUGAAGGAGAGAGAAUAUUCCAAUAUCAAAUAUCCCCAGAUGACAAACUCAAGGUCCAAACCCAACAUGGCUUCCUCCCGCUCUUCUUCUGUGGUGACAAAUGAUGAUUCAUCGAGUGUGUACGAGAACAUAAACUUCAAAACCCCUCAAACGUCUUUCAGCAGUAACACCAGGAGGUAAAACUGUUGCUGUGGACCUCCACUACUCCCUGUCUGCCUCUCUGCCAAAGAACUACAGACUCUUCACAACCUGCUCAAACUCUUGGUACAGGACCUCACCACACGGGUCAAGAAGGUUUCCUUCUCACUUCUACUCUGAAGCUCACCUUCUCCUGCUCAACCUGCUGACAAAUGUUUCUGCUGCUCUAAAGUCUGGUCUCCAGAACUUCCUAAAAACUCUCAAAGUCUCUUCUGCUGCAGGUUGCUUUGUAGAACUGUUGCAGAAAACCUCACUAAACCACAUGGAGGGGCCUCAAGAUAGUCGUCCAAAUGAAACCAUACAAAAACCAAACUAGCACAACCCAAACGCUAAAGUCUCUUGCAGCCUACCAGAGAAGCUCUGAGAACAGAGAAUCAGGACAGGAACUCUUACCUUCUGGACAACCAACGCUGGUUCUCAAACAAGAAUACAGAGUGUGUCUGACCAAAAACCUCGAAAGACUCACUACAGCCAAGAUAAAGACACAACGCAGCUGCACCAAAUCCACUAAUCACUGCAAACAUUAGCACCAUGUGCUAACUGUGGCUAAAGAACCACAUUUACCAAGACAACUAUCCAGUACAAAGCCCUAAAACACACCAAGAAACACAUUAAAGACAAUUUUACUGCUGGAAGCUGCAAGCCAACGCCUAAAGAACAAAGUGAAGCAACGGACAAACCCAGUUCAGUGGUGAACAGAAGCAGAGGAAAUGUUUGGCUGCAGCUAAAUAAAGCAGGAAGACACUGAGCUGCUCAGGUGUUCCUGAUAACACCAAGCAGCCACCUGGACAGCCAAUAGGAACACAGCUUACUGGAAGUCCAGAGGGCUGGGUUAGUGAAGGAAAUUUAGUUUAAAGUUGAGGCAGAAAGUUAAAGUUGAAAACCGCCUUCUGAUACCUGAAAUCUCUGAGUUUUCACACAAAGAACGCCUGAACAUGUCAAACUGGUUUCAUAGUAGAACCAUCAUUGUAAAAACGUCAUAGUAUGGUGUGUUGCUCAAAAAACAUUACGACUCGGCUGUCUAGGGUCGCCGAGGAGCAACACAAAAACAGGACAAAUGCUGGUUUCCAGGGGGUUAGGCAGGUAUUUAUUUGAAAGAGUAAGUUUACAACAACACAACAUGUGAGCAGAGAAAUCACAGUCUGUCUUUAGUUCAGCUGAAAAUAUUAGUUUUUGUCUUUUUUAUUGACCAAACUUUUCAGGAAGUAGAUGAAGAAUAAUUCAAGCUCUCAUGUAGAAGUCCAAUUUAUUUUGGAUCCUUGUGGAGAGUUUAAUCUUAGAGUUUGUAAAGCUGUUGAGUUUUUAGAGUCACAUGGAUUGUUUUGACAUUUAAUAACAGAGUCCUGAAAUAAAAUUACAGUUGUGGAUUUCUGUCAUUUAGUCUGGACUAAACAAAUAACAGCAGCAUAAAUCUCAAACGUCAUUAUGAGGAGUCUGGAUUGAGGUUUCUCACUUGAUAAUGAUCAAAACAUGAAAUUUAGGUUGGUUUAAAGGAAUAUUCCACCUUAAAUCUUUGAAUGUUGACCUAAAAGGUUGGUUUCAGGAAGUAUUCCACCUACAAGGUCCUCAAACAUCCACCUUCAAGGAACAUUCCACCACAAAUCCUUGGACAUGCACCUAAAAUGUUGGUUUACCCGAGUAUUCCAUCCAAAAUCCUCAAAGAGACCUGGGGGGCUGCUUAAAAGGAAUAUUCCACCUAAAACCUCAAAUAUAGACCUGAAAGGGCGGUUUAGAAAAAAUCCUUCAAUGUAGACCAAAAAAGUUAGUAUGGAGGAAUAUUCCACCUGAAAUGUAGACCUGAGAAGUUGGUUCGGAAGAAUAUACCAUCCUAAACAUCCUAAAAUGUAGACUAAAAGACGGUUUGGAAGAAAAUUCCACCUAAAAUCCUCCAAUGUAGACCUAAAAGGUGAGUUUAAUGGUAUAUUCCACCUAAAAUUCACUACUGUAGACCUUGGAGGUUGGUCUGAUGGUAUAUUCCACCCAACAUCCUUGAACAUAAACUUAAAAAGUUCAUUCAAAGGAAUAUUUCACCUAAAAUCUUUCAAUGUAGACCAAAAAAAAUCUUGGUGUAAAGGAGUAUUCCACCUUAAAUGUAGACCUAAAGGAUGGUUUGGAGUAAAAUUCUACUCUAAAAUCUUCAAAUGUAGACCUAAAAGGUUGAUCUGAUGGUAUAUUCUACUCAACAUCCUGGAACAUUUACCUAAAAGGUUGGUUUAAUGGUAUAUUCCCAGAAGAACCCUUGAACAUCGGGCUUAAUGGUAUAUUCCACCCAAAAUACUUGUACAUACACCAAGAAGUCAGUGUAAAGGAAAUGUAGACUUAAAAGGAUUGUUUAAAGUAAUAUUUAAACGAUUAUUUUCAUUAUUUAAUAACCUGUUAUCAGUCAGAACCCUGGCAAACUUAUUUUCAUCAGUUUUUUUUAGUGGAAGUCACAAAUAAAGGAGCUCUUGGUUUUUCCCAGCGUUACUGAGUCAAAAGCUGCUGUUUCAACACAGACAUGUUCACAUGCAUCCACAAACCUCUCAGCACUCAAACACCCACAGACAGGAGGCCGGCUGGGCUGAGGCUCGGCGGCGUCCUCAGACCCACGAGUCGGGGAGUCGCUGAACUUGUUGGUCCGGUUUGAAGACCUCCGUGUGGUCCAGUAGAAGUCCACGUAGUCGGUGUUGGCUUUGAACCGCAGCGACUGGCCGCCAUCAGGUGGACCGGCUCGUCCUCGUAGGACUCCUCCUGUAGCCUUGAGGGGACCACAGGAACAUUCAGUAGCUGUUGCAGUUCUUCCUGUCAGGCUCGUGGUAGAACGGCUCUGAAGAAUCUUGUAUUUGUCUUAUCUGGAACAAUCUAACAGCCUAAACUGUUAACAGCGAUGUAAAGAAGCAAACACACAGGCAUAGACUAGGACUCAAACUAGAUUUAUUUCAGAAAACAAAUCAGCUUAGAGGCAUUUGUUCACACAUGUGGCUGAAUAGGAGGCCAUCCAAUCAAAUUUGAGGUCUUCACUCUGUAGGUUGUUUGUUUGGUGAGACUCUUGGACCUCCAUCAGCUGACAUGGAUGCUUGAUGGUUUUCUUCUCUAGUGCCAGAUGAUUCAUCCAUGAAUUCAGCAGCUACAGACUGAAACGAAGCUCAUGCUGCUGUUAUUGAAUUCCUGUUCCAGAUCAAAUGUUCAGAGCUCACCUUGAAUGCAGCUGUCUGCUGUCUGAUAGUUUUCCUCAUUGUAGUCUUCAGUAAAGUCUUUUUCCUCAUGUAAGGAUGUGGCGAGACUCUUUCUCAGUCUCUGCAGACGUCCCUCAUUGUGCUUCUCCAGAGAAGAAACAGAAAAACUGAUCACUGCUUCAGCAUCACAAACGCUCUCCAGCAUUGAGUGUUUUAGGAAUUCAUUCAUUGUGUUGUGAACUUUGAAGGAGCAGAAACUUUACAGCUGCCAAAGAUAUGAGCUCCAAUUCUGGAUGUUUUAGGAAAUGAAGUUCAUCAAAUGAACACUUGAUUAUUGCUGAUAACGCUCAUUAAAUUACUGAAGAAAUCCAACAUAAAAAUCUGUAAACUCUGAGGCAGCUUUUGUUAAAGUUUGUCUAUAAUUCUAUCAUCAUGUUCUGGAACCAGGACUCUGCAGAAGUUCCUUCAAUCAGAUACUUGUGUGUUUCUAUUUAAGGCCUCAGGUUUGAACGUACAGCAGAGGAUUAGAAAGGAGUGAUUUUAAUAUUUAAAUCAGUCCAGUAAAUGUUUGGCAUGAAAAUGAUUAAAAUUUUGAUUUAGAUAGAUUUGUGUCAAAUAAUACUGUAGAGUCUCACUUAAAUAGAUCCAAAUGAGUUCAGUGUAUUUACAUUUUAUAGAAUAUUUGAUUUCUUAAUCUCAAUACUGUAGGGUCUGACCCUAAAUAUUAUAAUAAUGACAAUUUAAAUAAUAUUUUAGUGCAGAGUCAUAAACUUUAAUCAGCUAAACUUACAUAAUAAAUAUCACUGUACAAUCUUAACCUGAAGAUUCAUAUUAUUGAGGUAAAUUUACAUAAAUCAUGAUAUUCUAGAGUCUUAACUGGAAUAUUUCUAACAUUAAUCUUUUUGUAUUGUGCUGAUAAACAACAAUAACCCGACUUUCAGAUAAUAUUUAUUGUCUGUGAUUGUGAGACUAAAUUCCUCCACAUUCUGGAACUGGACUGCAUUUCCCAAAAUGGAAACAUGGACAGAACUUAACACUCAUGUAUCCAUGGCAACGCAAAAGUUUCUGCUUCUUACCAAAGUUCACAACACAAGUAAAGAUUUUAAUGUAAAACUUCAGGGAUGACUGCUGACCAUCAGUAUUCUGAUCAAUACUUCAUGAUCAAUAUCAGGACAGAUGUUACAACUCCAGCUGUUACAUUAGACUGCAGUUAUUCACAGAGAAAUUAAAACAUCACAUUCCUCAUAAAAACUAGAUGGGACUUUUAUUAAAUAAAGUGUUGGUGAAUAAACAGUGUAAAAAGUGCAAAGCAGCUCCAUUAAAUCAGGAGAUGUGAGACUUCCACAGCAUGGAUCACCAUCUGCUGUGUUGAUUCAUAGCUGAAUGUCAGAAUGAACUGAGAUAGAAAAGCUGCUUUGAGCUGCAACAUUACGGUCUGACAAUCCAACACCAUCACAGUUUUCAUCUGGUUGUUUUGCUUCAACAUGCUGUGAAGUUCAGUUUUUAACUGAAUCAAUACAGAGAUUCUAUUUCCAGCCAAGACUGGAAUAAAAAUUAGAAUGUUAUGAGGUUAUUAAUGCAAUUAAAUCCUUUCAGAUGGAAGGAUUUACUUCUAAGUUCUAAUUCAACUUUCAGUUGGAGCACAUUGCAUUCACAAAGAAAAACAGCGAUACCUUCAUAGCAACAUUUAAUAAACCUAAAGCUUCCCUGUUGGCACAUUGGUGGAGUUUGUUACUGAGCAUCUGAACCUUAAAUCCAGUGAGACGACCAUCUUCAGUCGAGGCCAGUCAGAGAACUUCAAGACCUUCCAUCAGCUGGACCAGAUGUGGCAUCAUCUCCCUCUGAACAUCUGGAUGACAGGAGAAAAGACAGAAAUCAAACACAGAUAACAGAAAUGCAAUUUAUUCACUUUCAUCAUUUUAUUAAAGUAGCAUGAACUUUAUUAAAACUUGACAAUAUCAGUAAUGAAAGUAAAUGUUUUUAUCUUGUGUUGAAGCUAUAAAAUAUUCUGUUUAUUA